UCCUAAAAAGAUAAUUUCAUUUCCCAAGACACAGCCAAAAGAAAGAAGAAAAAGAAGAAAACUUAUCUUCUUCACCUUUAACGCAGAGCAAAACAAUGGCUUCCAUAGCUGGUGUUAGUAUCACAACCCCUAGAAUUUCAGCCAAAUCAUCCGAUUCCGCCAAAAUUCAUUCCUUCAAAUUCCAAACCCUAAACAGUCCAUGGAAGAAAUCAGCUCAAUUCGGGUACCGCAGGAUGUAUGCAGCUCCGGAUAACAAGCUAUCUGAUAUAAUUGCGGAAAGUGUUAAAGAAGCUGAAGAAGCUUGUGCGGAGAAUCCGGUGAGCGGUGAGUGUGCGGCGGCGUGGGAUGUGGUGGAAGAAGCUAGCGCGGCGGCAAGCCAUGCGAGAGAUAAGAAGAAGGAAUCGUCAGAUCCAUUGGAGAAUUACUGCAAGGAUAAUCCUGAAACUGAUGAAUGCCGUACUUAUGAUAAUUGAUUGAUGAUAAAUACUCAUCGUCAUGUAUGUGUUGUGUUUUUUCAAAUGGUAAUUUGAUUCUCUGUUUUUGUUAAUCUUCACUUAGUAUUGUGCUUAAUUACACCUACUUUUCAGAGUUUCAAUUUAUGUGAUAUAGUUUGAGCGAA